AUGCCUCAAUUUAUGCUGGUCUUCUACCGAGCGGUGGUGGUACUCGGCGUCACCAGCAUAUUAGCUCUUUUGUUGUUCAACCGAAGCUUCGUUGAUGACUAUGUGUAUCAAGGAAGUGUUCGUCGGCCAAAAGAGCUCAAAGUAGACCAUGGCUCUGGAAAAGUUUUGGUCACAAUAAAUCCCAACGACGUUAUUAACGACCAUUUCAAAACGAUUGGGGGCAAAACGAAGAGGCCGGAUAAUGAGCUGCGCCUUGAAGACUUCAAAGGCCAUGAGGGUCUUGUUCAUCGCAAUUUGAGCAAGGUCGAGGCAAUGGAGUGCAGACUGCCGGAUUUGGAUCCGUGGAAUGAGAAGGCGCUGUAUUACAUCAACAAGGGCCGAGAUCGAAUGUACGGCUGUGUUGGGACAUAUACGCAAGGGACGUUCAUGAAGAACGGAAAAGUGAUGUUGACUGCGGAGGAGAUUGGUAAUUCAACGCAAUGUCUGUUUAGGUAAGGUCUUUGUCAGCCUGUCGGGAAAAUAUUGAGCACUUUGUCUCAGCGAAAAUUGCAUUGCCGUUGAGAAAAUGAACUUUGCCGCGGCAAAAUCAAGUUUCUUUUCACUUUAGCACAAUCAGUGCUGCAAUAUUGCCGUUAUUAUUUUCCGGACAGACUGACAAAAGGUUUUUUCAUCUGUUGAAAAACGUUGGCAUUACCAUCGUAUGUUCCAAAGACGAUCAAAAAUUGCUUCAGAUGCUACUACCCCAAAGACGACUACACCUUCACCUACGGUCAUUGGCAAGAGAUUUCCGUUGAGCCGGAUUGUGAUAUCCUGGAGGUAAAUUGCACAAGAAAACAUGAUCCUCUCUACAAUUACAACACCUUGCACACUCAGAUCUAUCGGCAAUAGUAAGAUUUGUACCUCUUGGUUUAUAUAGUCUGUCUGGAAAAUAAUGAGCGCUCUGUAGCAUCGAAAAUCGCAUCGUCACUGAUAAAAUGAAUUUUGUCGCGAGAAAAUCAAAUUCUGUGCUCAUUAUUUUCCCGACAGACUGACAUUGAUCUAUCUCUAAUCGUAUCUCUAGUCACUAUUUCCAAACCAAACCAACCGCCAAGCCACCAACUUCAACAACUCCGCCGGAUCUUCUCGACGUCAAGAAGCCGCAUUCGGACACACCGCCAAACCCCAAGCCCGAUGUACACAUGAUAAUUUUUGAUUCGGUCUCCACCACUCAAUUUAUGCGCUCCAUGCCCGCGACAGUUCAUGUGCUUCGCGAAGAGAUGGAGGCGGUUGUGAUGCCGAAUGUGAAUAAAGUCGGGAUUAACAGCAGACCAAACGGGUACGCUCUGCUGAUGGGCCGACAGGCCUAUGAGAUGGAGAAAUCGCCCAUAAAUGAUGAGCGAAAGCCCAAGAUCAACAUGUACGACAUGUGCGGAUACUAUUUGGAGCAGGACCAGUUCAUUGGCUACGAAUUCAAGAAAAAGGGCUAUACCACGUUGUUUUCGGAGGACUGGGAAUUGGGUGUGUUCAAUUGGCCGAAUUGCUUUGGGUUCGGGAAAACGCCGGUCGAUCAUUACAUGAGGUGAGCAGAUGCAACGUAAAAAAGAAGGUUUCAAGUGCAACGUUCAGAUUUCCUUCAAACUUCGCAGAGACGUCAGACAUAGGCCACCUAUUAAAUGGUGAAAAUUGUAGCUCGCGCUUCGCAAGCGCAGCGGAGAUAUUGAACCAUAUUUGCCGCUGAGAGACUACAGAAAACACGGAGAGCGGUCAGACAUAAAGAACAUUCUCUUGGCCAUAUCUCUGUCAGUUUUGCGAGGAAAAAAAUGAGUUUUUAUGAGGAAAUUACUUUUUACAGUAGAAAUAAGUAUGCGCCGUUUUUCGCAAUUUUUUUCGUAUUUUUGUAACACGUCAAAGAAAAAAAUAAUUCUAAAUUUGCACCAAGUUCCAUCAAAACCUUAGCGUUGCAACUUGGAGUGCAUCCCCUGUAAAAUGCAUGUCACUGUGCCCGCAGGAACAUACUAUCUUGUCGCAUUUUUCAGACCCUUCCAACUCCGUCUAGAAUCCAAAAAGUAUCGGGAUGAGAAUGCGACGAUGAAAAAUCAUCUUUAUUGGGAGAUGUGCAGAGAGGCCCACGAAUACCAGAUGGACUACCUGAAAGACUUUAUCGACGUGUAUCCGGACAUUCCCAAGUUCUCCAUUACGUGGUUCACAUAUCUUGCUCAUGACGACGCCAACGGACUGUUCCACGUGGACCUGUAUUUUAAGCGGUUUUUCAGAAAUUACAAGAAAAAAGUGAGGGUUUUACGGAGUAAAAAUAUUGGCUGUCAUCAGUCGGUCGGGAAAAUCGCCGUUGAGAAAAUGGAUUUUCCGCGAAAAAAUCAAAUGGCUUUUCACUUCAGCGACACAAUCGAGGCGGCGAAAUUGCCCUCAAUAGUUUACCGACAGGCUGAAAUUGCAUUCGAGCUUUUGUCAUCGCUUUGAAUUACGAUACAAAUACUUUCAGCUGAGCAACUCGUUCCUCUUUGUCAUGGGCGACCACGGCUACCGUUUCGGAGGCAUUCGAAGGACCAAGACGGGCGAAGCCGAAGACAAGAACCCUCUGCUCAUGGUAGUAGUCCCCGAACACCUUCGCGGCAACGACAACUUGAUAAAGAACAUGCGAGAGAAUGGCAAGCACCUGACCACCCACUACGACACAUUUGCCACAAUGGUCGACAUCGCAUAUGUGAGUGAUUGCAGAUCUAUUCAUCACCCGUUACACUUCAGAACGCACCCAACUGGAACAAAGAGACCGUCUUCAACGGCAUGAACAAGACGAACAUCCCGGUUCGCCUAGAAGGAGAGAGCUACUUGCAUCCGUUCAAGCUGGACAAACCGAGAAACUGCAAUAAUCAGCGGGUCCCGUUCGACUUUUGCAACUGUCAGCUGAAGCAGGUGGAUCGAAGCAAUGAGACCGAAUUCGGCUACAGGAUCGCUCAGUUCAUGGUGGACAAGAUGAAUCAGGCGUUGACUUUCCACAAUCACACGCAUUUGUGCUCAACCCUCGAGUUGAAUAAGAAACUCCCGAUCGAAGUCGAAGAGUUCGAACCGGAGCUUCGAUUCAACGCUUUUAAAGUCACGUUCAAGGUGGGUGUCCGACUCGACCGCAAAGAUGGUUCAAUAUCUGAUCUAUCCCACGGUUAAAACGGCAAUAUAUGAGUAGGGUUACAGUCGAAAAAGGGGCGUAGUUGCGUACCAAAUUUUCAGCUACGGCGUGCCGUGGCAAAGCGAUGGGCGAUUCCGGGCGCGACAACUCGCCGUUUUUUUCGACAGACUGAUAUAUGAGCACUGUCAAAAGGCCUGAGAACCCAGUAACGAGACAAGACGAGAGCUCAAGAGUCAAGUGAUUUAUUCAGUGGAAAGGAGGCCUUUUAUAGAGAAGUCCCACGUAGGAAAGUACAAGCAAAUUUGAAUAAAUACAUAGUUCGCGGUGGGAAAAUCCUCGAAGCAGUCGUUCCGCCUCACAGGCGCCAUAUAAGGGCCGAUAAACACUUGCAAAAAAUUUUCAACAGUUUACAGGUGUCCUAGAUACGUCGUAUGCUACAAAAAUUUGGCAAAAACCCUGCAGAUCGCACUGUCAACCCUCGCUUACUGAAACUGCCAAUUUUUCAGGUGCUUCCCGGAGAAGGCCAUCUCUGGGGAUUCGUCCAAAUGCACGGUGAAAACAGAGACGACAAAAACGCCAAAUUCUCGCUGAUCUCGGAACGACUGGCGCGUUUGGACGAAUACGAGCCAACGGCAUUCUGCAGUAGCAGCCCUUAUGUGAAACCUUACUGCUAUUGCAAAGAAAUCUUCUCAAUGACGUCAUCAACGACGACAACGUCGAAACCGCCAAAGUCAUAG